AUGCAGCAGGUGUUUUUGGAGGAAUACUACACUAUGGAUAGAACCAGUGAAGCUCGGGAUGCAAUCAGAGCAUUCCAGCAACAUUCAGGGGAAGAGUUCCAUGAGGCAUUCACAAGAUUUAAGGAGUUGCUUAGGAAAUGCCCACAUCAUGAAAUUCAGACAUGGGAAUUAAUUAAGGCGUUUUAUGAUGGGCUACUUCCUGAUGUUGUAAGAGAUCUCAUCGCUAUAAGUAAUGGUACGUUUCUCACCAAUACAGAAGCUGCAGAUUGGGCAUAUUUGGAGAGACAGAGUGCUACUUCUAAGAGACAGGCACAAUCUAGCAGGAGGGCAAGAUCGAGUUCAGCGAAGUCGGUUGAUUAUGAAGCUGAGGAACGGGUCGAGAAGUUGAGGCAUCAAAACUUGUUGCUUGAGCGUCAGUUAGCUCAAAUGAACCUUGGAAAAGGGGGUGAAGUUAAAACCACCAAUACAUUUUCAGUGUGCACUGAAUGUGGAGAGUUAGGGCAUCAAGUCGGAGAAUGUGCUGUGUUGGGUGGUCAGACCGAUGAAGUGAAUCAAAUCGAUGGUGAACGAAAGCAAUAUGAUAUGAAAUCGAAUACAUAUCAUCCAGGUUUGCGAAACCACCCCAAUUUUAGUUAUGGUAAUUCUGCUAAUCAGUUGAACCCCAAUUUUCAGGUACCUAACCAAGGAGGUCAGCAUUAUCAGAAUCAGCAAGGAAAUUACCAACAAGGAGGUUACCAAAAUCGGAGCCAAUAUAAUCAAGGGCCUCAAGCCAACAACCAACAACAAAAUCAAAGCAAUUAUCAAGGGAGUUGGAGGAAUCAAGGCAACCAGCAAGGUAAUUCUUCAGGUGGUGGAGGCGACUUGAGUGAUUCGAAGCUAGAUGCAAUCAUAUCAUUUAUGAAGGAUAUUCAGAAGGAUAAUGAGGUUAGAGACAAAACUUCGGAAGCAAUGCAGAAACAGUUGGGGCAGCUAGCAGAAGAUCUAGCUCAGCUGAGAAGAGAUCCAGGUAAGUUGCCAAGCACUACCACAGUUAAUCCAGCACAUCAGUCAUCUAGCUUAAAGAAUGGAAGAAAUGUGCACAUCAAUGCGGUAAGUGUUCGUCCAACUUUUGACACUGGUAGCGUUGAGGUAGCUCCACCAUCACAAGUAGUUGAGGAGGUGGUGGAGUAUGUUAAUACUGAAUCGGGUUCUCAACAUGAUCGGGACCCACCAAGGGAUGAAAGGUGGGAAAGCUUUAAACAAGCUAAAAUUAAUCUACCCUUACUUGAUGCGAUUAAAGAGAGUCCCGAUCAUGUGGAGUGUUUGAAAGAGUUAAGUACCCAAAAACGACUUCACAAGUUUCCUAAAAAACUUGAUUUGACGACAAAUAUGAAUGCCGUUUUAUUGGGUACCCUUCCUCCCAAACUCCAAGAUCCAGGAGCACCCAUUAUUUCCGUACAAGUGGGUGAAUUUAAAAUAAAAAGGGCACUGUUGGAUCUUGGAGCGUGUGUCAGUAUUCUACCAGGGAGUCUGUAUGACCAAUAUGAUUUUGGCCUGCUACAAAAGUCAACACCACCGUGA